GGAAGGAAGAAUAAGAAGCCAGUUGUCAGGUCUUGUCUUAGAUCGAAUCGAACGGAGAUUUUUUUUCUCUUGCAUCGAAAACCCAUGUAAACAAUGAGAUUUUCAAUUUUAUUUUUGUUGCGCAGGAUAUAUUACAACAGGUUCAAUGACUUUUGCGUUCUAAAUUGCCGUUUUUAAGUGAGUGAAACAUUUGGUAAUGAACAACAUGGCAUUUUUAACACACCGUUCCUUACAAUCAACGUACCACUGGAUUUCUCUACGAAAUAUCUGGUUUAUCAAUAUGGUCGCUGGACACGGGAAAAGCACAAACGUUGAUGCUAUUGAUUCCUUCAUAAGCGAGCUGAUGGAAAAUAAAUCAUUGAAGUGGAAAGUUAUCAAUGAUAGCAAACAGCAGUUAUUGCCCCGAAAAGCUGUGGAAGCAACAGAACCUGUCGUGUCAAUACCAAGAAAAUCACAAUUUCGACUCACCCAGAUAUAUGACGAUUUGACUUCAAAUCCGAUUGUUAUAAACAUUGAUCAAUUAGAACAGUAUCACAUUGAUAAUCUUGUUGAAACAGCUAUUAAAGAAAGAAACAAAAAAGAUGUAAACUUAUUGUUCGAUCAGAUGAAUCAGUACCGAAAGAUUCCGUCGAAAGAAGUCCUUUGUAUGCUGCUAGAAUAUUUAGCCAAUGACACAGAUCGGGUAAGACUUCAACUACUGAUGGCUCUUUGCAGAGAAGUUAUACCCGAUUUUGUAACAAACAGUAGUAAUUUACUGCACUAUAACGGGCUGUUAUUGUGGAAAAACGGUAGCUCGCUUCAAUCCCUCAACUGUUUCAAAGAAUCUUUGAGGGUUUGCGACUCAGAUACGAAGUUGAUUAUCAAUAGAAUGCUAAUUGAUGUGGUAGACGAAACAAUUGGCAAGAAAAGUGAAGCCGUUCUUCUGGCUGUUAUUGAGGUGGGAGAAUUUUGUUUGCAGGAUUUGAACGACGAGUUCCUGCUUUGCUACUCCUGGGAAAAAAGUUUCCGAAGUCAGUGGUUCAGCGACCAGGAAGUGGCGAAAAAGUUAUUCGACAAGCACAAAAAGUUACGAGACGCGGUAGCUAAAAGACUUCCAAAAAUAUGCUUUAUAUGCCUGCAAGAGUUUAAAACAGAGCAAGUCUAUCAGCUGAUGGAGCUUUUCCUGAAACACGAAAUGAUGCCACAGUGCCGACAAGUGCUGAUUCGAUUGUUCGAAUAUCAAUAUUACCGUCGAGAUUUGCGUGCAUGUUCAGAAAUAAUUCGAAAUUCUAUUGAACUUGACAUACCUCUUCCUGAUGUUUGUAAUCGUAAAUUGUUGAAUUUACUGUUGGGACCAGCAUACCACAAGUCACCUACGCAAACAUCCGUCCCUAAGCAAAAGGACAAACUGAAAGUGAAAAACUACGAGCUAAAGUUUUAAUAGUAUUCAAAUAAUAAGUUAUAAUAUGUUUAUGAAGUUGUAUAAAAUUUUCUAGUUUAUUUUUUUGAAACAAAAUAAAUUCUAAUUGCGUUUGAAA